AUGCAGUAUAUUCAGAUUGUUGUGGAAGGUGUUCUACAAUAUGAGUGAUAGCAAAAUAUCUGCAGCUGAUGCCAGCAGUGUAGGAGAGCCAGAAGCAGCUGGGAAACUACUUUCAUUUAAACAGAUGCAUUUUCUUCAUUCAGGAAUUGGAGGAGCUGCUGCUGGAAAAAAGAACAGGACCUGGAAGAACCUGAAACAGAUUCUUGCUUUGGAAAGGGCAUUGCCAUGGCAACUAAAUGAUCCAAGCUAUUUUAAUAUUGAUGCACCACCUUCAUGCAAACCAUCAAAGAAAUAUUCGGACAUUUCAGGACUUCCUGCCAAUUAUACCGACCCUCAAAGCAAGCUGCGAUUUAGCACAAUAGAGGAAUUCAGUUACAUCAGGAUGCUGCCCACAGAUGUUGUAACUGGUUAUUUGGCACUAAGAAAAGCAACCAGCAUCGUAUCAUAACCGUUAUAUUAAAGUAUUACUGUCCCAUAACCAGGGCUGCCAUCAGAAAUUGAGAGACCCAGAAAUAACAAAAUAGGAACCCCCACCCCCCUACACACACAAAAAAAAAAGAAAGACAAAAAAAACAUAUAUAUAUAUAUAUAUAUAUAUAUAUAUAUAUAUAUAUAAAGUCUAAAAAUAACUAAAUAUAUAUUUAAAAAAUGAGUAAAUAAAUCCUGUGCAAAUAUGGAGUAACACUAUAUUAAUGCCCCUUGCACCGUAUUAAUGCCCCCAGGAGCAGUGUCGCUUACACACAAACUGCCCCCUGUAGCAAUGCCGCUUAUACAUGCCUCCAAUAGUAGCACUAACACAUAAUGACCACACACACACACACACACACCCAUAUACACACACACACACACACACACACACACACACACACACACUUUCUCUCUCUUACUCGCCCUCAACUUACCUAUCACAGGCUGGCAGGAGCUGUUGCAGAUCAUUCUCCUGUGACCUGUGGUAGCAACCAGCCUGGUCCUGAGUAGCCCCGCCCCUUUUCAUGCCCGAGUCCAAACACUGUCACAGGAGGGGGAGAGGAUGCUCACACUACUAGAGUUUGUCUGUUUCUCAAGGCUCCGCCCCAAACCUGCCCCUAGUCACGCCUCAAUCCUGGCCCUAGUCAUGCCCCAAUCCCACCCCUAGUCUCGCCCCAAUCCCACCCUGUCAACCGCACUGCAAAGGUUUUUGCUCAUGCGCAAAUCAUAUAGUUUUUACCGUUGAAUACUUUUGAUGCGAUGGUUAGUUACCAUCGCAUCGAAAGUUUCAAUGGUGGAAGGCCAGCCAUCAUUUGAUGGUUUGCGUCCGAUGUCCAUCCAUCCCUAGUGUAACUAGCAGCGCUGCUCUGCUGUGCCUCGGACUGGAGGAUACACUAUACCUGCUGCUGAAGUGAGUCCAGUGUGUUACAGGCAGGCAGUGAGGAGGAGAGACACUGUCACUGCUGCACUGCUCUGCUGUAUGAGUGACUGCUGCAGGGCAAAGGCUGCGCUCUCAUUGGUUCUCUGAGACAGUAAGAGCCAAUCAGAGCUAGCAAUGUGCCCUGUUGCCUUGCAGGAGUAUAGAGAGGGGAGGGAGUGAGGGGACUGAGUAGGGCCACAUCUGAGGCAGGCAGAGAGUCAGAGACAGCCUCCGACCAGCCCAUAGAGACUCCAUGAACAGAAACAGCAGUUAGGAAGCAGUUGGGGGAGGCAUAGCUAUCAAGAUUUUUUUUUUUAAAGGCCACCAUCGGAACACCAUCGAAGGAUUACCAUCAAUGGUAGCAAACCAUCAGAAGGCCACAAUCGAACUGAAAAACACUACCAUCGAAAAUAAAAACAUUGAUGGUUUGUAAACAUCGGAUUUCGAUGUCCAUCCCUAGUUCAGAUUAUCGGCUAAGAGCAGUGUAUAUAGACUGUCGUGGAAGGCAUUAUACACUAUAGAUUGUAAGCUCCACUGGAACAGGGACUGAUGUGAAUGGCCAAAUAGUCUCAGUGAAGCGCUGUGGAAUGUGUGUGCUAUAUAAAUAACUGGUAAUAAAUAAAUAAUACCAAUCCUAAACAGGAUAAUUAUAUUUAACCCAAUAUAAGGCGCUGUGAUUCUCUUCAGAAUAAAUGCUUUGCUCUAAAAAAUGUAAAUUAAUUACAACGUACAUAUAUUUCUAACCAAUAGAGGGCGCUGUAAACUAAUUACAGCAUACAUACAUUUGUAUCUAAUAGAGGGCGCUGUGGUAGUUGUGUCACAAAGUCUACAAAACAUUUUACUUUGCUGAAGAACAUAUGCAAAACCAAUAGAUGGCGCUCUACACCAGAGAUCUACAGAGUAUACAAUUUAAUAAUCUAAAACACUCACCUUCGCAAUCAUUAGAUGACACUACAGAAGUAUAAAUGUUACAAGAAGUACAACAUAAAUACUUUUUACAUCCAGGCUGUUUAGGGAAAAUGUAAUUGCUUUUGUGUAACAGUCACAGGCUUGUAAUUACUUACGUUUGUUAAUUUGUGUCACCGGCUGUGCUGUAUGAUUAAGUUUAAAGCAGUAUAAAUAUCACAGACCACCUGAAUGUGCAAUAAA